GAGGGCAAUGAACACACUUGGGGCAUAUUCUUCGUUUACGGUGAAAGCCCAAACUUCCUCUCAACAUGAUCCUCCGCCGACCUUUGGUAAUGAUGGCUGCCGUCAUGGCCGCCGUGUACGUAGCAACGGCUGACAAACCCAGCUCCGGAGGAUAUGGUGGCGGCGGAAGUGGAGGAAGUGGAGGCCACGGCGGCGGUGGUGGAGGUGGUGGCAUUGGUGGAUUUGGCGGUGGUAACGAUGGUGCUGGUGGAUUCAGCGGCAGCGGAGCUGGUGGUGCCGGCGGAUUCGGCGGUAGCGGAGCUGGUGGUGCCGGCGGAGGUGCUAGCGGUGCUGGCGGAUUUGGCGGUAGCGGAGCUGGUGAUGUUGGCGGAUUCGGCGGUAGCGGUACUGGCGGAUUCGGCGGUAGCGGAGCUGGUGGUGCUGGCGGAUUCGGCGCUGGCGGUAGCGGUGGAUAUGACGGAGGAAGCGGUGCUGGUGGACACGGCGGUGCCGGUGGUGCUGCAGGAUUUGGUGGCAGCGGCGUUGGUGGUGCCGGCGGAUUCGGUGCUAGCGGUGCUGGCGGAUUUGGCGGUAGCGGAGCUGGUGAUGUUGGCGGAUUCGGCGGUAGCGGAGCUGGUGGUGCUGGCGGAUUCGGUGCUAGCGGUGCUGGCGGAUUUGGCGGUAGCGGAGCUGGUGGUGCCGGCGGAUUCGGCGCUGGCGGUAGCGGUGGAUAUGACGGAGGAAGCGGUGCUGGUGGACAUGGCGGUGCCGGUGGUGCUGCAGGAUUUGGUGGCAGCGGCGUUGGUGGUGCCGGCGGAUUCGGUGCUAGCGGUGCUGGCGGAUUUGGCGGCAGCGGAGCUGGUGGUGCCGGCGGAUUCGGCGGAAGCGGCGCUGGUGGACAUGGCGGUGCCAGUGGCGCUGGAGGAUUCGGUGGUAGCGGCGCUGGCGCUGGCGGAAGCGGUUACGAUGGCGGUAACGGCGGUGCUGGUGGCAGCGGAGGCAGUGUACUUGCUGGUACUUUCCUCGGCAAAGGAACUCUCAAUGGCAACCUUGGUGGAGCUGGAGGCAGCGGAGGUUUCGGUGGAGGAUCUGGAGGUUUCGGUGGAGGAGCUGGAGGUUUCGGUGGAGGAUCUGGAGGUAGCGGAGGCUUCGGUGGUGGAGCUGGAAGCAACGGAGGUUUCGGUGGCGGAGCUGGAGGUUUCGGUGGUGGAGCCGGAGGCAGCGGAGGCUACAGUGGUGGUAAUGGAGGAAGCAGUGGUUUUGGAGCUGGUGGACACGGCGGUGCUGGAGCUGGCAGUAGUGGAGGUUUCGGAAGCGGCGGUUCUGGUGGAGGAUUUGGAGCAGGAGGCCAUGGUGGUUCUGGUGGAGGAUUUGGGGCAGGAGGCCAUGGUGGUUCCGCUGGAGGGCUUGGUGGAUCUGCUGGAGGCCAUGGUGGUUCUGCUGGAGGCUUUGGAGCUGGUGGAUCUGCUGGAGGCCAUGGUGGUUCUGCUGGAGGCUUUGGAGCUGGUGGAUCUGCUGGAGGCCAUGGUGGUUCUGCUGGAGGCUUUGGGGCCGGAGGAAGCGGAGGAUCCAGCGGUGGUUAUGGAGGAAGAUAAUGCCUUCGUUGCAAGUUGUAUUCCCACCAAAAGACUGGAAAUCCGGUCUGUGAAUGCGCAAACAUUUUUAACAAAUGUAAUAAUAAAUACAUAAAUUAUUGAAAA